ACGAACUUCUCUACUUUUAUCUUAAUAUAUGUCUUCCCGGUGAUUCUGGCAUCACUGAUAAAGAAGCAGCCGCAUUGUUUUUCCAGCAACUUGAAAUAUUUGUUGAAGCAUUAAUAAUCGAUGCAAAUGCGUCUGUUUCGAAUUCAACCCCCACCGCUCCUCCACCGGUAUAUCGUUUACCUCCGGGUAAAUCUCGAGAAACUUCUACAGCGACUUCGCCCUCGAUACCAAGCACUCCUUUACCACCACUUAUGGACAAGAAACCAUCUAAACCACCAGAUGGUACAAUAAUAUCUUCUUAUUUAUAUAAUCAAAAAUCAAAAGAUCGUCAAAUGUUGGUUUUUGAAAAGAAUGGCUCCUGGUCAUGUCUAGUACCAUUGGUAGUCCCUAUUCCGGCAUUAGCGCUUAAUACGACUAUUACUCAAAUUCCUCUAUCAGAAGAAUUAAAAGAUAUUGGAAAGUCAUUUAAUUCUGAAACGUCUAAUGGCGAGAAUUUUGGCAUGACGAAUUUAUUAGAAGGCUUAAAUUAUGAUCCAUCAUUCGAGUCACCUACAGCGAGUCUACUACUCCCAACAAGUCGUCUAUUUGGCAAUGAAACUAGACGUUUGUCUUUAAAUUUAAGCACAAAUUCUUCUCCUCCAUUGAAACAUCAUAUACGUAAAGUUUUAUCUAUAAAGUCAGCACUCAAUGUUCGCAUGCGGACUACUAGUGUAUCUCCUUUAGAUCAUGUGUUAAUGAUGUCUGUUGAAUUGGAGAAUAACACUGAUGCGGGUUGCUCAUUUUCUGUUGAGGAAGUUAAAGUAGAUAUUGACCAUGGCUUUGUGACAAAAUAUGAUUGGGAAUCAGCAAAUAAGCAAUUGGAUAAAUUUCCAAUAACGCUUCAUCCUGUCGACCAAGUUACGUUUUUAUAUAGUAUUACGAUUUUAGAUGAUCUGUCACUUCCAAAAUUGUCUUCACAAUUUUGUCCUACGCCACAACCUCACUCUAGACCAACAUCUCGUCGCACCUCUGUAUCAUCAGUAUUUUCAAUCACCUCUGGUUCACCUAUUACAGAAGAGCAUCUAACUAAUCUACGGAGACGUGAAGAUUCUUUGCCAUUACCUAUGCCAAAUCCAAAACCCUUAUCACAAAACGCAAAAGCGGGACAAUCUAGGGGCAACUCUUUAUUUUCACCCACGGGUUCAUCAACACCAACCAAUUUUAAAGGUUUCCAUUCAGCCUCGGACUCUAAUGGAAAAGUUAAAAAACCAGCAAACCUUCCCACCAUACCUGACAACAAUGCGAUUGGUAAUGGUAUUCUCACUGGAGGCAGAACUCCUAUGACAUCCAGACCUAUGGAGAUGGAAGUUGGUGAUGUAAAAGUACAAAAUUCAGCCGAACUACUUAUAAGUGGUAGUCAGGCAAAUCAAUUAGAACCAUUUAUGGAAGAAUCUGAUUCUGAUAUUAUUUGUUUAGAAAAUAAUGUUCGAAUCGGACCAUUGAAUCCUUCAACGUGCGAAUCAGUUGCAUUACAUUUCAUUGCUAUCAAAGAAUCAAUGCAUAUUAUUGAUUUGGUUCAACUUGUGGAUAAUGAUACCGGCUUCAUAACAAAUCUUAGAAAUGUUUUGGAAAUUUAUGUUGCAAAGCCAGUUACAUCCAAAAAGGGAAAAAAAAUUAUUGAUAUUGCAGGUGGUGGUAUGGAAGUACAGGUUAAUGGGUAA